CCAUUCUUUAGGGGAUAUUUUUUCCACUAUUUUAUCGUCAUAUCAGCUUUGUUUGUGCCGUGUAACGGCUGUAAAAUGUCGCACACGGUUUAUAUAUUAUGAUGUUGUCAUUUCUUUUUUUUGCAGCAAAACAUCCUUUAUAAGUACAAAACAACUAGAAACAACAAAAGCAGAAAUGUUUGUAGCUGUCUCAGUUUUGUUAUCCAUUGUUGGUACUUGCACUGUAUAUGCAGGCGAGAUAAGGACCAACGUGGCAUUUAAAAAACCAUGUAAAAUGUCGGAACAAGCUGGUGAUAAUCCAUGUACGUACGGCAAUGACGGCAACACGGAGGCUGGAUCAUGCUUUCAAACCAAAAGAUCAGACAAAAACUUUUGGAGGGUGGAUUUGGGUGAUACUUAUGAAAUUGCCAAAAUUAAAAUAUAUAGCAACCUUGACGCUACAGAAAGAUCAGGAAAAUAUAUCAGAGUAUUCAUUGGCCUUGAAGAAUCUGAUGUAUUUAGAACAAAAGUUGGCGAUUUUCAAGACUUGUUAGACAUUCAAAUCAUUGAUCUACCUCCUGGUACAAAGGCAAAUUAUGUCACGAUUGUCCAAACGGCACCAGAGGGAAAUCUGCUGAAAUUGAAUCUUUGUGAAAUUCAAGUCUUUUCACCUAAUUCCUAAUAACUAAAUGAAGCUGCAGUUUUAACGAAAGAAUUCAGACGUGUUUUUGACAUAUUCAACUGUUUUGAAUAAAGUACAGAAUCACAUAAAGUA